UAUGUUUGCAUUGGAAAUUCUUCUUCAUUGUCUAGCUUCCUUUCCUUUUACAAUUUAUACUUGGGUCAAAGUUUUAGUUAUACGACGCCUCAUACCUUUGGGUUCAUAUUAGAAUGAUAAAACAGCAGUAUUGUUAUUUAUAUUAUGCCAGUAACAACCUGUUUUUACCUGGAAUCAGCACUGUAUAGGUUAUGGAAGUGACCAAAUUUCUUCAUUUGGCCUCUUUAUUAUAUUAACUGAGUUACAGAUGAUGUUGCAGCAGAAACUAUUAAAUCUUAAUUUAUGGGGUGAUCGCAGAACUGAUUACUUUGACAUGUUCUGUUUUGUCAGGAUUUAUUAGCCUAAUGAUGUGCUGCCGUUGUGGAUUGUUAUAAACCAAAUUCUAUAUAGGAAGGAGAAAGUGUAUUGGUACCAAAGAUCCUCCUUUAAUUGGGAUAAAGAUUUAUGUAGGGUUUUUUCAACUAGAAUAUGGCCAUCAUAUCAAAUUCAUAUGGUAUGCUUAGUGAAAUGGCCUAUAAAUUAUGUUGAGGAUUUAGCGGCAAUAGAUCUCACAUUCCAAUCUUUAGUGAAGAAAGAUGUCUGUGUUAUUGUUACUAGCAAUCUAGAGAAGGGUGUGUUACUAGCAAUAUAGGGAAGGGUGAAUAAAUUUUUUUUUUGUUAAGGUCCUCCUAAAAGAGGCUCUGAGAUGCAGAGUUGUAGAUGAUUGUAAACCUUGAUAGUAAUUUCCCUAUGACAUUGAUUUGUAAUUAUAAUAUUAUUAUUCUUUUUCUGUCUUAUCUCUCUGGUUUUAUUACUUGAUAUAGCAUCCUUAGAUAUUCUUGUUGUUUUCUAAUUUCAUUUUUUCAGAUAUUAUCUCUUCCAUAUAUAAAUACAUACAAUCUCAUCUUUACCCAAAAAAAAAGUAAUCUGUACAAUAUCAUUGUAUAUUUUCAAUAUAAUUCAGAAAAUUUCAGGCUGGUACUAGAGCUUUCUGGUUGACCCCCUUUCAGUUUUCUUCUUCCUCAAGUGUUGUCAGUUUUUAGGUGUUCAGUCGUUUUGAAUUUGGACAGUAGAAUAAUACAAGAUUAUUCAAUCUUUAUUAUCCCUCCAUUUGCCUUAGAUCCCACUGACAGCCAUCCCUACAAGCACCAUCACCAGAGCAUGUUUUAUUUUUGGAUUCUACAAUGCUCUCAUUACUUGGAUUGGUGCGUGUUUGAUGAUGUUUUAUUUUGAUUUUGAUCCUGUGGAUUUGUUGACAGUGAAGCCAUUCAAUAACCAGGUGUUGGUUCCACUUAUAUUCCUAAAUGUCGAGAAAUGAAUGGAAACUAGUGUCAAGUUGUUAAUAGCAUAGCCAGAAAGCUGAACUUUCUGCCCUUUGCUUUACCCAGUUAUUGGGGUGGAAAAUUUUCUUUUUAUUGGUGGAAAAUUUCUUCUUUGUUUGAGCAUAUUCAUCCUAAUUUUUUUUAUUGUUGUGUCGAAAUGGAUCUUUUUAAGGCAAACCUCAAUAAUUUCUUUUCAUGUACAAUUGGAUAUUGAACAUGCUUUGAUUGUUAAUAUUCCAGUAAAAUGCAGUUUUUAUUUUUUAUUUUUUAUGUGGAAUUGGUCAUGCUAUUCAGUUUGAAUUUUUUCAUCAUAUUCUUAAUUUUAAACUUUUUAAAAUAUAUUGAACUUUUUGUCCAAUGUAAAAUCAACAUACCACAUGAUUACAGUCUAAAAUAGACAGAUUCAGAAAUGUGCUAGUAUAAAGAAAGUACUUGCAUAUUAUAAUUUAAUCGCAAACUUUCUAUUUCAGAAGUGUGUGUGUGUGUGUGUGUGUGUGUGUAUUAUGACUAUCUAUAGCUAAUUAUUUGUCUUAGUCUUCAAUCAUAAUUCAUUAUUUUGUAAGAUACCUAUGUAGACAGAGUGAUAACUAUUUGCCAUCAAUGAUGUGACAAGUUGGAAUUAACUGAUUGAGGCUAAGCAAACCUUUCUUGAACAAAUCAGUUUGACUUAUACUAUGGUACAAUAAAGUAGAGCCUUGGCGCAAUAGUUAGAGUUGCUGCCAUACAAACAGAGAUUACAGAUUUCAGCCGUGGAGUCAGUCUCUUGCUAAUGCAAGGUAAGACUGCAUAAAAUGGAUCCAUAAUGGGUCUGGACCCUGCCCUUGAUGGAGCUUAAUUUUAGCAUCAAACAAUAGAAGAAAAAAUGGUAUAUUAUGGUAAAGUAUUCUCUAUUGUGGUAAUAUUGCUUUCUAUUUUUAGUAGAAUUUUUUUGGACUUUCAUGUGCUUUUUUAAAAGAUUAACAUGGUUAGUUUUUGUGGUUUUACCAACAAGUUUACCUGAUAGCUUUUCUGAUAAGGUUUUCAUCCUUAGUAUAAAAAAGAACUGUCAGGUUUGUUUUGUAAGCAUAGCUGACUUCACAAUAUGCUUUUCCCCGGUCAUUCUCCGCUUCAAUAACAAAUUGUCUUUGUAGUUUAAUUAUUCUGGGUGCAUUGGAUUUACUUAAAUUUUUUGUUGAAUUUUCUCUUAACUAAUUACAAGGUGCAUAAGGGAGUUUGCCCUUUUUGUGCCUGAUUGUGGGCAUAGUUGAUUAUCUUUUUCAAGUGCAGGAAUAGAAUAGCAAAUGAUAAUACCUGCUGAGUGAUUCUUUGUAAACCUGGCCAGGUGAGUCUGUUGUUGAGUCAUCCUAUUUCUAACCGUUCCUCUUUUUAUGUGGUAUCUAAGCUCUGUCUCCUACAUACAGUGAGCUAGAGUAAGGAAACAUCAUCCAUCUAAUUUAAGUAUCCACCUUAUCAACUGUUCUCCUUUGCAUGGGUUUACCACUUCCUUUUUUUCCCCAUCUUCAUUUUCUUACCUCAUACUGAAUUGUGAUCUUCAACACUAAGCCCUUACCUUUCCGCCUGAGUUUUGGAUGUACUUACGGAACACAUCCAAGAUUGAGCACCAAGAUGCAUGCUGUUUGCAGAUGAUAUCAUUCUACUUGUAGAGAUGAGGGAAGAAUUAAAUGGGAGGUUGGAGACUUGGAGACAAGUCUUAGAAACAUAUGACUUUUGCCUGAGUAGAAGCAAGACAAAGUAUAUGGGAUAUAGUUUUAGCAAGAGGCGAAGCGUUUCUAGCCUAGAGGUGAAAGUUGGAGAUCAUAGCAUACCACAAGUUACACAGUUUAAAUAUCUUGGGUCUAUGUUACAAAACAAUGGAGAAAUAGAAGGAGGUGUAAACCAUCGAAUCCGAGCUGGGUGGUUGAAAUUGAGGAGUGCCUCAGGUGUUUUAUGUGAUGCGAAACUAGACUUAGGUGGUUUCGGCAUGUCGGGAGAAGACUUGUGGAUUCUGUAGUAAGGACAGUAGAUCAAAUGGAGGGGAGUCAAAUCCCUAGAAGUAGGGGAAGACCUAAAAAAACUAUAACAGAAACUAUUAAGAAGGAUCUAGAGAUUAAUGAGUUGGAGAAAGACAUGGUUUUUGAUAGACCACUAUGGCGUCGUUUGAUUCAUGUAGCCGACCCCACUUAGUGAUCUUCCAAGGCUUGGUUGUUGUUGUAUACUGAACUGUGAUCUUCCUUUGUGAGUGGAGAGUCACAUUCUAUGAGUUUGGCUUCAAGUGAUUAGACUUGGUGGGUUUAGAAGAUUACGAGUGGCAUCUCUUUAGUGUUUUACAGGCUAGUUUCUGUCGAUUUAUUGUGAAUUCCUUAGCUUUAUUCUGAUUCACCUGAUAUGUAACCUUCACCUUUCAUGCAAUUUGGUGGUACUUGGAACAGUAACAAAGAUAAUAUAGUUUAUCCUCAGGACAUGAAAUCUCAAGCUAGGUGGUCUUCUUCUGUAGGUCUUAAACCUUUUUCCCUAUAAAGGAUUGAAUGGCUAAUGAUGAAAACUGAUGAAUAAUAUAUCGGUAAUCUAAGGACUUUAUCUAUUCAUGUAGACAUGUGGAAGUUCUAGUGGUGGUUGUAUAUGCUCCAAGUGGAGGAGGAAGGUUGUAAGUAAUUUGCUAGUCUAACUUCACACACUGUCUAUUUUGAAUCCUGAGAUCGCAACCAGUAGGAUAUGGGGCAUAGACAUUUUUAUAGUGCAUCUCCAAUGUUUGAGAGUGAUCCUGACCAGAACUGGAAUCAUAUGCAAACUCAACAACAUUAUAUGCACCUUGGUAGGAGUGGCACUUCAGAUAGUGGUUCUUUUUGUUACCCUUUGGAAAAUAUGUCCACAGAUAGCAUUUCUUUUCCAUCUCAUUGGAACUCUGCAGCAAGGUCAAAUGGAUAUGCAUCAUCAAGUUUAAACACUGAAGCACUCCGUCAUCAAUCAUAUGCAUCAGGAACUUCUCACAAUCAUUUUCUGCAUUCAUCAAGUGCUGGAACUUCCUUCGAAGUGUCUGGAAAUUAUGUACCCCAACCUUCUAAUUCUAAUUAUCAGAGACAAUCAUUUCCUGAUGUAGAUGGUGGUUUUACUCAUCGUACACUAACAAGUGGAUGGGGGUCUCACAAGAGGAAGGGCCCUGGAGUUCCUUCAAUCUAUGAGAGUGGCAGUACAAGCAGACAUGUCAAUGCAGGAAGUGCAUCUGAUCUUCCUUCAUCUUCAGAAUCACGUCCAGAGAAGCCAUACAUGGAUUCUCAAUAUAUGCCUUGGGAUCAUGUUUCUAUGACCCCUUCAUUUGGAGGUAGUGGCCUUCCAAUAAGGGGUGAGGGUUCUUCAAGGAAUGUGAGGCGUCGUUUUGGAUUUGAUUUGGAAUCAAACCCGCAAAGAACCCAAUUGUGGAGUAAUUAUCCUCACAACUCAUACCCUACUGGCAUGCCAAUUAACCAUUCUGGACCAGUUGAUCUUUCAAGUCAAACUUCUAGCAAUUGGAAAAGGGAUUGGUGCCAAACGAGUAUAAAUCCUGCUCAUGGAAGGGUAUUACCAUCAGAUUCAAGUGGUUUUUUUAGCCACGAGACAAGUCAUUUUCUUGUUGGAAGGCAUUCUAGUAAUGCUCCUGUAGAUGUGGACCAUAAUGAUUUUGGUACAAGAAGAAACCCCCCUGCUCCUCAAAUUUUUCAGAAUAAUCCGACUCAAACUACGUGGGGAGUUCAUGGUAACUAUUCUCAAAGACCCAUCACAACUUUUAGCGCUUCUUCAAGCUUUUGCCUGGGACAUGCGGCACCUUCAGAAGAUGGAUUGCAUAUACUGGCUGAAAGUGGCUCUGCUGUAGAUCCAUGGCCGUUAAGCUCUGUUGGUUGGCAGAGUAGUGAUAGGAAUGGGACAAGGAUGUAUAGUGAUAGAUAUUGCUCACUGUCUGACGAGGCUGGUCGCAGUGAUCAAUUUUUUCGUGAGUACGGUUCUCCUAAUAUACAUGAUCAGCAUAGGGACAUGAGGAUGGACAUAGACAACAUGAGCUAUGAGGAACUACUUGCACUUGGAGAAAGGAUCGGCAAUGUCGGCACAGGAUUAUCUGAGGGUUUGAUUUCUAAGUAUUUGACAAAAACAUUGUAUUGUUCAGCUGAGCAAAGUCAAGAAGGAACUUGUGCAAUUUGUCUGGUAGAAUACAAGAACAUGGACGAUGUUGGGACAAUGAAAACUUGUGGACACAACUACCAUGUGAGCUGCAUUAGAAAGUGGUUAUCUAUGAAGAACAUGUGUCCCAUAUGCAAAGCUUCUGCUUUGACUGAUGAGUGAUAACAUGAUGGGUAAAUAAUUUGUUCAUUCAACUUUAGUUUAUUGAAUUGUACAUAUGUUUGGAUAAUCCUCAAAACGAUGGAAACAAACUUCUUUCUGAAUAUAUGUUGGAACAGGAGUUCAACUCUGUUAAUAGAUUCGAUGGUUUUGGCUUCAGUCUCAACCACAUGAAAUGGUUGAAAUUAUUGCGCUUUCUUAUUA